UAGCUUUCUGGUUCCCCGGUCAAAUAAACUAUUUGCUAUACAUAAAUGCCUCUUCCCCACUCCACCAACCCCUCGCUUUACUCUCCCUAGCUCUUACGCUCCUUCCUCCCUCCAUCCAUAACAAAUUUAUUUGCAGUACUCCAAUUCUAUUGUGAGAGCCCAUUGUCAUUUGUCAAGGACAAGAAUGUUCUAUUAGCUUCCACUGCCUAUUCGUGCUCCCCAUCUUUCUCCAAAAACUUUCGUAUUCACAGCUUAAAUAUCUUUUUCUGUUUUACAUCUAUUAAUUAGGUCCUACUCCUUCCAAUGGAUACUUCCAAACCACAAUCUGCCAAACAGCUAAAAGAACAUCUCCAACACCACCAAGAGCCUUUUUCAUUGCAAAGUUACCUCAUCGAAAGAAGUUACAUGUUCAAGAACUCCAGCUCUGAUAGUAGCAACAUUCAACACCUUUAUUCAGCCAAGGAUCUGAAGUGGUCCAUCAAAUAUGAUUUACACAAGAUAAGGAAAAGGUUAUUACAUGCUUCAGGGAUACUAAGAUCACUAUUAUACAAGUUCAUUCCCACAGAAGACAACCAGGAGUUCUCAAAUGAAGAGCACAACAGUGAUCUAUAUUAUGUGCAUGAAUACUUAACAGCACACACUCAGGCAACUCAACAAACAGAUUCACUGAAAACCUUAGCUGUGUCGUCGUGUCAUUUUACUAACAAUGAUGUUCAGGACAAGGUUUUGCCGGCAAACAUGUUUCAGACACUCACACUCCCCAAAUUGAGAAGAUCAGAGGUUGAUAAAGGAACCAAACCAUAUUGGAUAACCUCAAAAGAGAACAGGCAGCAAUUUAGCAGAGAAUCAGGAUGGAAAGAACCAUUACCCAAUGCAGUGUGUGACUUAAAGAGUUCAGAGGGCCAGGCUCCAACUUUGUCCCAGAAACUUGUUAGAGAGUAUGUUAGAAAGCUACUAGUGAACUCAAAUAUUCUGAAAUUCAGACGUGCAAAAAAAGACAAAGACAAAAUACAGGAGAUAUGCGGAAGAUACAGAAGGAAGCAGCUACAGUUUGACUAUGUAGAAAAUGAAGGUAAAGCUGUUUCAGAAUCUGAAGACUUCAACUUGUUGGAGAAACAAUAUAGACAGGUUAAAAAGAUGAGCCAGCUGUUGUACGCAGAAUCCUGUGUAGCAUCAGAAGAGUGGAAAAGCUUCCAAAUCGUAAAUUGGGAGAUAUGCAAGGAGAUAGGAGAUUCAAUCACGGAUGAGAUUGUCAGAGAAAUAAUUGAUUUAAUCAGGCUUGGUUAAGUAGCAUUUAGGACCAUGUUGAAUGUAUUAACAUCAAGGAAGGAUAUUGUCUAUUAUGCCUAUUCCAGUCAUGGAGAUUUCACAUUGGCCUCGGUUAGACAAUGACACCUAUGUUCAUGUAAAUUCACGUUGCAGACUUGGGAUGGGUUUCUCUAGACCAAAUUACAGAUAUCUUUUACAAUUAUUUUAGCUUGAGUAGUGUCCGAACCUAGUCCUGAUCAUGAUAAUUGACAGGGACGAUAGAUGGUAGAUUAACCGAGCCAAGGUUGGUUCUGUUCAAGAUAUUACAAUAUGGUUAUGUGUCUAAGCGGGGGAGGUAUAUGCAUGCCAAAGAGACAUGAAUGAGCAAGUGAGUAGUACUUUAAGGUGUUUAUGUGUCAAAACAUACGGUCCCAUGUUGAAGGAGUUAAGCAAUAAACUGCUCCUCUAUGCACUAAGGUUGAGUUUGUAGGUGGUCGUUGGUUGGAAGCUAAUUAAAAUCGCCAAUGAUCAAAUUCUAA